AUCAAGAAUUUGAUACCCCAGAUAUUCUUCUUUUCUUUCAAAACACACGAAAGUACUAAACUACUUCUACGUAUCAGGAUUCAGAACUCCAGUUGCUGACACAUUUAACGGAACUGAAACUGAAGCACAAAUGUCUUCUCUUCUCCUACAACCUCUGCCAACUCUCACUUCUUCCUCUUCUACACUUCUCUUUCUCCAAAAUCAACUCCAUAGCUCUUCUCUAACCUCUCUUAAAAGACCCAAAAAAAUUCUCCUUUCAAAACCUCUCAAAAUCCCGUCUUUUGCUCUCACAGAGUCCUCAGACUCUCCUCAAUCUCUUGACCCUUCUCCGCAAACCCUCCUUCAAGAGCUCUCGGAUUGCUUUGAUCUUCCACCAGAUUUUUUCCAACAAUUACCGAGUGAUCUUAGAUUAGAUUUAAAUGAUGCAGCUUUUGAUCUUUCGAAUGGACCGGUUCUUGAUGAGUGCGGUAGAGAGCUGGGAGAAAUCUUGUUAAAUCUCUCUCGAGCAUGGGAGCUGGCUGACACAUCAACUUCCCGAACUUUAGCGAGCAAGUUGCCUGUGCUGGAGAGCUCUUUAACAAACAAUGCUAAAUCAGCAUUUGGCAAACGUUUAGUAUCUGCUGGAAGGAGGUUCCAGUCCAUGGGACAGUAUGGUCAGGGUGAACUGCAAAAGAUUGCAAAAACAAUGAUCACAACAGGAAAGCUGCUUUCUGCAAGUUCAAUAUCAACAGCAACUGAUGAAGAACCGAAGAAAGAAACAAGAGUCCUGAAGUUUGGAGACCUACAGAUUGAAAUAACACCCGUGAAAGCUAAUAUUGGGGCUGUCAUUGCACUUGUGUUUGGGAUUCUUUCAUGGGAACUAGCUCAAGGCAUUCAAAGCAGUCCAGAGAGUUCAUUGGAGUAUGCAAAUGGCAAUGCUUUACUGCUGGCUAAGUCUCUGAGAGGAACUCUACUUGCCCUUUGCUACUCAUCAACCUUACUGUCUGCUUGUACCACUGUGGGACUUUUCUUUCUGGCAAGACAAGUUAAGUCGAAGGAAAAUUGAGCUUUCAGCCCACUUCCACUAAAAGUGAUGACAUGAAGGUCUUGGUAUUUUUUCUAACAAUGGAAGCACAGAACUACUCCAGCAUGAUGUCAUAAUUGCCUAAUCCUUUCUUUAUUUUUUGACCUACCUCUGAAAGUGUACAAGGCCAUAUGAGCUAAAAAGUUCUGCUGUCUGCAUUUUGCCUUAUGUUUUGUAAAGCAAAGGUCUCAAGACUUCUUGUAUGCAGAUUUACGUUAUAGUUGUACAGCCAAUAUAUAUAAGUGCAUACCUUCCUUUUA